GGUGGGAGGGUGGACACAGUGGGAAGAAUCAUCAAGAUCAUAAAUUUGUAAUUGUGAAAUGUAUGAAGUGUGCAAUCGCAAGGCAGUAUAAUCCUACAUACAUUCAUAUGGGCAUACUUCUAAAGGUACAACCUAACAACUAGCCAUAAGACCCCAAAAUCCCUUAAGCUGACUGAUAAAAAUAGCAGCUUAAGUGUUAAAAAGAUAAAAUGAAUAGGAACAAGUGGUAAAGAGACCAUAUAGAUAUGCUCAAGAGUUAAAGUGAUCAUAUUAAUAGGAUUAAGUUAUUUGGAAAUAAGAAUAGACAGAAUUAAAAAGGAGUGAAGGCUCUAACAUGGGAAGCAGUCGAUACAGCAGAUUCAUAGAAUGACAAUCACUUUAAAUAUCACUCCAACCUCAGAAUUAACCCUUAAGACAUUCCAUCUGACUGGAAAGCCCAGAGGGAGCAUUUCAGGCACAGAAAGCCAAGACACUCUGGGAAAAAAAUAUUCUACAUAAAGGACCCUGUGGAUGAGACCCCAGUGGUCAGAAGUGAUCACCAAAGAAGGAGAUACUUUUCUCUGAAGGGAGGAGAGAACUUCCACUUUGCGUAUGGCCUUGUCGAGCUACUGGAUCCAAAAGGCUUCCAUAGCUGAGGCAGCUCAUGUCAAGAGCCUUGGGUUAUCACUGAUGUCAUAUAUGAGUGUUAUUUGAUAAAUAAACAAUAAGAGUCACUGUACACUAACUUCCCAUGCAGGACCUCUGUCCACAAAGAGUUGUGUCAUGAGGCUUAACUUAGUAGUAAAACUUGUUCUCAAGAAUCACUUUUAGUGAAUUUAAAUGUGGAUAUUAUUAUGUGUGGUAAGUUAUAGACAUGUCUGAGAGCUCAGAAAAGCAAUAACAUCCUUGGGUUCUUCUUUAAAGACAAUUAAGUUUCAAAAAGGAAAGAAGGGGGAGGAAGGAAGGAAAAAGAAGGGGAGAAAAAAGGGAAAACACCUUUAAGAAGCAAUAACAAAGAACAGCCCUUGUUUAGACUGUUGAGGAACAGUUCUCUUGUUUUUUUUUUUUUUUUAUUUUAACUCCUUUCUUCUUUUUUUUUUUCUUUUUGAUUUCUUUCUUUCUGUUUCCUUUGCUUUCUUAGACCAAAUGAGAGGGGGGAGGUGUAGGGGGAAAUGCCUGCAAUAGCUGGUGUUGGGUCAGGCUGAAUGAAGCCAGAAACCAGGAACUCAAUCCAAGUCUCCCAUGUAAAUCUCAGGGCCCUAAGUACUUGAGUCCUCACCUGAUACCCGAUAGGGUGGGUGCACAUUAGCAGGAAAUUAGAAUCAAAAGCAGAGGGGCCAGUGUUAUGGUGUAGCAGGUAAAGGUGUUGUAUGCAAUUCUAGCAUCCUGUAUGGGCACCAGUUCGUGUCCUGGCUGCUCCACUUCCAAUCCAACUCCUUGCAUGGCCUGGGAAAAGCAGCGGAAGAUGGUCCAAGUGCUUGGGCCCCUGCUACUCAUGUGGGAGAUUUGGAAGAAGCUCCUGACUCCUGGCUUUGGCCUGGCUCAGCCUUUCUUCUCCUCCUCCAACCCCCCCCUCCCCCUUCCUCUUCCUCUCCCUCUCCCUCUCUCUCUCCAACUCCCAUAGCUCUUUCAUUUAAAUAAAUAGAGCCACGGCGAAGGGCACCCUGGUGGAAAGCGGAAGUGAGGCGCUGUGGCAAGGGAGAGGGACGAGCUGCCCUUCGUUGUCAGCCAGGAGCGAGGACACGGUGACGCUCCCAUCCGGCUGCCCACGAUCACUCGGCGGCCGACAUGUCAGCUGCCAGCGCCCGAGGCCUGCGGGCCACCUACCACUGGCUCCUGGAUAAAGUGGAGCUGAUGCUGCUGGAGAAAUUGAGGCCGUUGUACAACCACCCGGCAGGUCCCCGCACAAUUUUCUUCUGGGCUCCAAUUAUGAAAUGGGGAUUGGUGUGUGCUGGAUUGGCUGACAUGGCAAGACCUGCAGAAAAACUCAGCACAGCUCAGUCUGCUGUUUUGAUGACUACAGGGUUUAUUUGGUCAAGCUACUCCCUCGUAAUUAUUCCAAAAAAUUGGAGUCUAUUUGCUGCUAACUUCUUUGUGGGGGCAGCAGGAGCCUCUCAACUCUUUUGCAUUUGGAGAUAUAACCAAGAACUAAAAGCUAAAGCAAACCAAUAAAAGAGUUCCUGACCACCUGAACAAUCUAAAUAUGGACAUAACCACUGGGACCUAUUUGAUUACUGAUAAGGCAAUGCUAACUGUGCUAAAUUUUAGAGGGCACACAAAAAAAUUUAACUAACUGGUAGCUAGUGCUUGAUUCAACAGAAAAAUAAAGGAAACUUUUAAUAACAGUCUCUCUUUAAA